AUGGCAACUAAAAUUCCCACAGAAAUAUUAAUUAAAAUUUUAAAUAAUGUUCAAUCAUUUGGUUCAACUAAAGAUUUAUAUUCAUCAUUAUUGGUUAAUCGAAACUGGUGUAAAAUUACUAUACCUAUACUUUGGGAAUUACCUUUGGGUCAAGAAUGUCAUGCAGAUGAUAAGGAAUUGAGGAAGAAAGCAUUAUGUAUUCGAACUUAUAUAUCAU